AUGGCGCCUCCGGUCCCCCCUGGACAGAGCUUCACGGCCCGCGGGAUCCUGGUGGGCCUUGCGGUAGGGACCGUCAUCUGCGCCGCCAAUGUUUACUUUGGACUGCAGACUGGCUGGGUUUCUAUCAUGUCGAUGCCCGCCAGCCUGAUGGGAUUUGGAAUCUUUAAACUUCUGUCUCGUCACCUGGCGUUCCCCUUCACCCCCGUUGAGAAUGUACUCGUUCAGAGCGUAGCAUGUGGGAUGGCUAUUAUGCCUUUGGGCUGUGGCCUUGUUGGCGUGAUACCAGCCAUGACGAUGCUUCUGUUGCCCGAAGAGCAAGGCCCCUUGAAGUUGAGUACCUGGCAGCUGAUCGUUUGGUCCCUCGGCCUGUGUUAUUUUGGCGUUGUAUUUGCCGUCCCACUUCGUCGGCAAGUCAUCAUCCGGGAGCGGCUGCGAUUCCCCAGUGGUUUUAGUACAGCCGUGCUCAUCUCCUUCCUACAUGGCCAGGGCCAGCAAUCGCAGAAGGAGCUCGACGCCGCGGCUGAGGGCAACUUUGCCAGCCUGGUUCCUCGCGACGAACCUCUCUUGGCCGAACAGUCCUCGGCCGUCAGUGGUGAUGUUGACAACGAUGUACAGGAGGAAACUGGCGAAGCGAGCGACGAUUGGGCAUCCAAAAUGCGCCUCCUUCUUGUCUGCUUCCUAAUUUCUGGUAUCUACACAGUUUGCACGUACUUCUUGCCCAUUCUUCGAAAUCUACCCGUCUUUGGGACUACUGCCGCCCAAGUGUGGCUGUGGACGUUGAAUCCUAGUCUUGCCUAUGUUGGUCAGGGGAUCAUCAUGGGCGCCGAGACGACUCUGCACAUGACUAUUGGCGCAGUCGUUGGGUGGGCUAUCCUCAGCCCAUUAGCCAAGUCCAGGGGUUGGGCUCCAGGACCUGUCGAUGAUUGGGAGACGGGUAGUAAGGGCUGGAUCGUUUGGAUUUCGCUUGCCAUCAUGCUUGUUGACGCGGUUGUGAGCCUUUCAUACAUCGCGCUACGUCCCUUAAUCGGCCAUCGGGUCACAACCGUGUCCAGACUGUUGGUACAGAAAAUCCAGGCCAGUGGUGCCGCAAAAAUCUUCGGAGGGAACUCACAUGCAUACACUGCAAUCCCGUCUCAUGAGGAAAAUGAAGAAACCUCUCGCCAUUCCCAGGAGAGGGAAGGUAGCCUCCGUCUAGUCAAUCCUUACAAAAAAGACGAAGAAGAGGAUGCCCCGGCCCAUCAACGUAUCAGCGCCAAAGUCGUCACAAUCGGACUCGUUGCGUCCAUUGCACUGUGUAUCCUAACCAUACACAUUGUUUUCGGGGACCUCAUACCGCUUUAUGCCACAAUCAUUGCAGUGUUCAUGGCAUUGGUUCUCAGUAUCAUGGGUGUCAGAGCUCUCGGGGAGACAGACUUGAAUCCAGUAUCGGGGAUUAGCAAGCUUGCGCAGCUUUUCUUUGCACUCAUCAUCCCCCAGUCUCAUAAGUCCAGCGUUUUAAUCAAUCUUAUUGCGGGCGCGGUCUCUGAAGCCGGGGCAUUGCAGGCUGGUGACCUGAUGCAGGAUUUAAAGACUGGCCAUCUGCUUGGAGCAGCACCGAAGGCUCAAUUCUGGGGCCAGACCAUCGGUGCAACCGCCGGUGCCAUCCUAGGAGCCCUUAUCUACCAACUCUACACGACGGUCUAUGAAAUUCCUGGCGACUUGUUUCAGGUUCCCACUGCAUAUGUAUGGAUUUUCACUGCCAGGCUUGUCACUGGUAAAGGUCUCCCGCAUAUGGUCAAGGAAUGGGCUAUUGGGGCCGGUAUCUUGUUUGCGAUUGCGACAGUUAUCAGGACUGCCUCGGUCGGCAAAGCCUGGCGACCUCUGGUGCCGGGCGGGAUUGCAGUAGCGGUCGGCAUGUACAAUGUCCCAUCGUUUACAUUAGCUCGGGCCAUCGGUGGCAUUGGUGGAUGGUAUUGGAUUCACGUCAUGAAACGGUCAAAUACGCCUCUCAUCAUACUUGCAUCUGGUUUUAUCCUCGGGGAAGGGUUUUUAAGCAUAGUUAAUCUCAUCCUUCAAGGUCUGAAGGUGCCACAUCUUUAA